AGAAAAAUCAGAGAAGGAAGAUGAAGAUCACGGCUUUGCUGGUUCUCAAGUGCAAUCCAGACGAAUCCGACCCGAUCAUCUUGGCCAACGCCUCCGAUACCAGUCACUUCGGCUACUUCCAGAGGUCCAGCGUCAAGGAGUUCAUCGUCUUCGUCGGUCGCACCGUCGCCAGACGCACCCCGCCCGGCCAACGCCAGUCCGUCAAGCACGAAGAGUAUAAAGUACACGCUUACAACAGCAAUGGUCUCUGUGCGCUGGGCUUUAUGGAUGAUCACUAUCCCGUUCGAAGUGCAUUUUCUCUGCUCAACCAGGUGCUAGAUGAAUAUCAGAAAAAUUUUGGUGAUUCUUGGAGGACUGCAAAACAGGAUGGCACACAACCAUGGCCUUAUUUGAGUGAGGCUCUGACGAAAUUCCAGGAUCCUGCAGAGGCUGAUAAGUUGUUGAAAAUUCAAAGGGAAUUGGAUGAAACAAAAAUUAUCCUUCAUAAGACUAUUGAUAGUGUGCUUGCACGAGGUGAGAGACUGGACAGUUUAGUUGAGAAGAGUUCAGAUCUUAGUGCAGCAUCGCAGAUGUUCUACAAGCAGGCGAAACAGACCAAUCAGUGUUGUACCAUAUUGUAAGCUUGUAAUGCGAGCAGCAACCCUGUAAUGUCGAAGUUGAUGGAUGACAAAUUGAUGAUUGUAAUAUGUUGAUGUCAUUUGUCAGUUGUUUGCUUGGCAGAAUUGUGUGAAGUUCCCUCAUUUCUUCCGUCUCAAAGAAACGGAAACCAAAUAUUCAUCGAGGCCCCCUGCUAUUAUAGUAUGUUACUGUUUCUGUUUCGUAACAUGAUUUUACGCCUCCGCUUGCAUGUACGUGAUAUUCGCAUUAUGAUUUAUGAAAUCUAUGUCAUUGCUUAUUCUUC